AUGGCGAUUCUCGUGUGGCUUCUGCUGCCCAUCUUAUUAACGGAUAAUACAGUAGCGGAGAAACAGUCUGCGUUUUUCAUAUUUGGAGACUCGACUGUCGAUGCCGGAAACAAUAAUUUCAUCGAAACUAUACCGGAAAACAAAGCUAACUAUGACCCUUACGGUCGGAAUGCCCUUUUUCCGGGCCCCACAGGCCGCUUCUCCGACGGUCUCAUCGUCGUUGAUUACUUAGCUGAAUAUGCUAAGCUGCCAAUGAUUCCACCUUUCUUGGAUCCAUCUGCAUCCGAUGAUCUUAGCCAUGGUGUUAACUUUGCAUCCGGUGGGAGUGGAAUUCUGUCUACUACAAAUGAGGGACAGGCGAUUGAUCUAAAGACGCAACUGAAAUAUUUUGAACAAGUGGCGGAGAGUUUGUCAAAAAAAUUAGGAGCGUCGGAAGCAGAACAAAUCACAUCGAAUGCAGUUUACUAUUUUAGCAUCGGAAGCAACGACUAUUUAGGGGGAUAUCUAGCGAACCCUAACAUGCAACAACUCUAUCAUCCCGAACUAUAUGUCGGGAUGGUGGUGAGAAAUUUGACAUCCUCAAUACAAGAACUGUACAAGAAAGGUGCAAGGAAAUUCGGGUUUUUGGGGCUGUCCCCGCUAGGGUGUUUGCCAGUUAUGAGAGCAAUUGCUCAAGAUGGAUGCUUUGAGCAAGCUAAUUUACUUGCAUUAGCACAUAACAAUGCCUUAACAACUCUUCUCAAUAAUCUCGAAUAUCUUCUCAAAGAUUUCAAGUAUAGCAACUCCGAUUUCUACACUUGGCUUCUUCAACGGAUCACCGAUCCAUCCACCUACGGUUUCAAAGAAGGUGCAAGUGCAUGUUGCGGAUCAGGCCCAUUUGGGGGAAUAUUCAGCUGCGGAGGGAUGAAGGAGACGACGGCUUACGAUCUGUGUGACGACGCCAACGACUACGUCUGGUGGGAUUCUUAUCAUCCAACUCAAAGGAUUCAUCAACACUUUGGUCAAGCGCUUUGGGACGGUCCACAGGCCACUCUCGGGCCCUAUAGUCUCCGCGAUCUCUUCUUCGGCCCCACCACCAUUGCUGAUGUAGUUGAUGCUGAUCACUCUACAGUUUGA